GCAGUCAUAUCAUUAUUCCAAAAAUUCAACAUACCGACAUUUGUGCUCCCGAUUUGACAGGCUAGUAUACACCUCUGCUCGCAAACUAGACGACUGGCCGAGAACCAUGUCCUGAUCGAAAGACACGCGCCGAUCCACCUGCACGCAGCGUCCGGCGCAUUUCGCUUGUUGGAACGGUUCGCCAUGUCUACCACACCAAACACCCAGUUCAACAUCUCCGCCGAACUAGCAGCGCUGAAACACGAGAAAAAGAACAACGCCUUGCACCGGCUGCCUUCGAAUUACACCGUCCAACGGCGCCCGCUGAACCACGCACCGGUCGCGAACAUCCAUGCGGGCGCGCACGUGCCGAAAGUAGUGUAUGUCUCGAAGCGUACGCCUAUGAUGUCCGCCGUCAAGCGCGUGAAGAAGAUGCUAGGGCUCGUCGAAAAACGCGCGAUGCAGCAGGCGGGUGUCCGAACGGGUGGGAGAGAUCGCAACAGAAGGAUCGUACAGGCGAACGAACAAAUCGUCAAGAAUAAAGAGGAGGUUCUGGUCAAGGCCAGUGGGCGGGCGAUGGAGCAGGCGUUGCGAGUGGGAGAGUGGUUCAAAAACAAGGAGACUGAAUUCCUGUGUAAUGUCGAGGUCAGGCCUGGGAGUGUGAGUGUCGUGGACGAUAUCGUCGAAGUAGAAAACGAGGAUGAAGAGGAGAAGGAGGAAGAUACGACCACGACUACUGGGAUUGAGUAUGGGGAUACGACGUUGGAGAUGGUGGGUGGUGUCACGACGAGUACGGCGGAAGGGGUUCAGGCGAGUGACGAGACUGGGCAGAAGGAGCAAGCGGAGGUCGAUGCAGAUGCUGAUGAUGCCCCGGGUGCUAGAAGGAAGAGGAAGAAGAGGAAGAGGCCCGUGUACAAUGAGGAGGAUGUACCGGAAGCGCGACUCAGGUGGAUCAAGACGGUCGAGGUUGCAAUCUCAUUGCAAGGCUGAUGACGAGGUGCUUGCUGGAACGACCCUUAUUGUGGGUGCAGCUGUAUGGCCCGGCAGUCGGGAGUAUGCGACUCUGUAUCGAUAGCAGUCAGGGGAGAACAGCUGGUGUGGCCUAGGUGUAUUCUCAACAGACAGUAUGUUUGAUGUAACAUCCUCAGCGUGAGUUCCGAUGUUGAAAAGUGUCAUCUGCUCCUUGCCUCACGCCCUCCAUAAACCCCAAUGGGCCCGCGCGUCUCUGCCA